AUGACCGUUCUCCGCAUCUCCAAACGCCCACAAUCAAUCGUCAUGGCUCCCUUUUCUGGGGACGGUGUGCUUUGGCUUUGUCUAGGCGUUUCACUGUUCUUCGCCGUCCGCGGUAUCGCCACAGACCUUCGUCAAGUCGUCGAUCUGACAGAAAUCAAACAAGUCGAGAAAGAUGAUAAGAUAAUAAGCGAGGGAACUGAAGAAGCCCUCAAGCUAGACACCCUCUUGAAGCUCUCUCAAAGCACAAGUCAUGACCUCCGAGCUGCAGCUUUGCGCAUUAUAUCCGAACGAUCUACCAAGGGUGACACUCGCGAUCUUCUCCUGGAACAACUGGCAUCGAAACACAAAAUCACACAAGGCCGAGCCUUGAAUGCAUUGAACUUUCUGGUUUCCAACCGAGCUCUUUCCAGAACCUCGAUAUGCAGUCGGCUCGGAGACCUUCCCACUUAUACCGCCCUCGUCAACUGCUUGUGCAAUUUCCUUUCAGAACACCUUGAAAGAACAUCCUUGACGAAUUCACCCAUCUUGCCAAAGACAAGGCCCAUGGGAGAGAAAAAAGCACUAUCUAUCAUGAAUAUACUGUUGCCAGAGAACGUUCCAGAAGCGCUGGAAGCGGGGAUAAUCAGCCGAUGGCUCUGCAAGUAUCCUUUCCCAUGUGCGCAGACCGAUCCUUCCCGUCGACGGGACGUGGUGAUCCUCAUGAAAACGUGGUGGUCAGAUGAUACAAUCAUGAGCUCGAUCUUCAGUACUCUUUCCUCACAUCCUGACGGGAUCAAGCAGCUUCGAAAAUAUGGAUUGAUGGGCAGUAUGAUCGAAGAAAAUGAUCAGGAUGAUGACGACAAUGAUGCAGAUAGCGAUGUUUGGAUGGUGGAUGCGGAUGAGACAGGGGGCACGUUUGGACGAUCUUCGCGUAGGCUCCAAGAAGGGACUCCAAGAGAGCAAGCACUUCGCCGGCGAAGAAGAGAGGCUAUGGUCCUGAGCGAUGGUGGGCGGCCUCUUGGGAACGAAGAUAUCAUUCAGCGGCCGAUUGAAUGA